AUGAUGAAGAUCCUCCUCAUCUUCACCCUCUCUCUAAUAUCAGGUCCAGUGGGCUGUGUUAUGACUGGCUACACAGGAGGAAGCAUCGUUAUAAUAUCUGAUCUAAAAUGGGGUUCAGGAUUUAGUACAUAUAUUUGUAAGAAAGGAAGCAUAUCAUGCACAGAUAUAAUACGUACUGACACCACAGAAAAUUCUGUUCAAGAGGGAAGAUUCAAGCUGUAUAAAAACAGUAAUAGAUUUUUGAGAGUGUUAAUCAGGAGGCUGAAGCCACAGGAUACUGGAGUGUACAGAAUAGGAGUAGAGGAUCAGACGCCCACUGAUUUGGAACUGACUGUUCUUAAUGAUUCUUGUUGUGAUCGACCAAAAACAGUGAAUGUUUUUCCUGGACAGAAUAUCAGCAUCAUCUCUAACUAUCCUGUGAUUUACAACCGAGACUUCAAGUAUAUCAUGAAACUUGAAAAUGGCAGUGUUUUUUAUGCCAUUCUAGAUACUCUUGAAAAAUCCCAGAACAACAGAUUCUCUAUUUUUGAUGACAGCAUUGCUAAAGUUCUCGGUAUGAACAUCAGUAAUGUGACAGAAGCCGAUGAUGGAGUUUAUUUAUAUGGAAUCUUCAACAGAAAGAACUCAAUCCAGUAUUAUUCCUUCUUCAGAGAGAUUCAUCUGCAUGUUAAAGGUUGUUGGGCUGCAGUGUCACUAAGUCUCUAUGCUAUAAACCCGAUCAUAUCACACUUUUAUGCUCCUUCUGUUCAUGAGAACAACCUGCCUAAUUUACCCACAUAUGAAAACUUGAAAAUAAAAAUAAGAUCGAAUGAGCAGAAUCUGGGUUCAUCUACAAACCAGUCUGAUUCAACGUACCAAACACUGGACCCACUGACCAACCAAUCAGAUUCAAGCUACAUGUCUCUGAGUAACACCGCCGACCAAUCACAUUCACAUUACCAAUGUCUGAAUGCUAGAACUCAAAUGAACUCAGUUUACCAGACCCUUCAUUCUUAA